AUGGACAAUCUCGACAAAUCCACCUCGGCGGCUAUUUUGGGUGAAACCUUCCCAAAAGAGCGCACGAGAAGUUAUGGCACUCUGGAACCAAAUGGCGAAAAUUCCGAUACGAGUAAUCCAUUUUUGGACCCUGAUGUUGCAGAGUAUUGGCGGGAAGUAUACGAAAAGGCGCAAUAUGAAUGCCGGCAUGUGUUCGACCCUAAGCUUACGUGGUCACCGGAGGAAGAGAAGCGUUUGGUGCGCAAGCUUGACUGGCGAAUCUGUUUAUGGGCCUGUGUCAUGUUCUUUGCGCUUCAGGUCGAUCGAGGAAACCUUGUCCAGGCGGUUUCGGACACGUUUUUAGAGGAUUUGAAGCUGAAUACAAAUGAUUAUAACUAUGGCAAUAUUGUGUUUCGACUCUCAUUUCUUGUUGCAGAGCUACCAUCACAGCUAGUGUCAAAGAAAAUUGGGCCCGAUUGUUGGAUUCCUAUUCAAAUGGUGCUAUGGUCCGUGGUGGCUAUAUCGCAAUGCGCCCUGACGGAUCGAAAGACAUUUCUAAUUACACGGAGCUUGCUUGGUGUUUUAGAGGGUGGAUUUAUUCCAGAUAUCGUUCUAUGGCUCUCUUAUUUCUAUACUGCUCGAGAGCUUCCAAUUCGUCUAAGUUUCUUCUGGACAUCCCUCUCUGUGACGACAAUUGUCACAUCUCUCUUAGCCUUUGCAGUUUUCCAUCUUAAUGGAGCUCAGGGGUGGGAGGGCUGGCGGUGGCUUUUCCUUAUCGAAGGCUUGAUUACGCUAUCGAUUGGGCUGGCCUCAUUUUUCAUGAUGCCGGCAUCUGUAGUGCAAACCAAGACGUGGUUCAGGCCAAAUGGAUGGUUUACUGAUCGUGAAGUUGCGAUUGUGGCCAAUCGAGUCCUCCGUGAUGACCCUUCUAAGGGUGACAUGCAUAAUCGUCAAGCUGUCACCCCUCAAAGGCUCUGGAACGCAAUCAAGGACUACCAUAUGUGGCCGAUCUACUUGAUCGGAGUGGUUGCAUACAUCCCCCAAUCACCUCCGACUUCGUAUAUUACUCUUACUCUCCGGUCCCUUGGUUUCAACAAAUUCAACACGAAUUUGCUCACAAUCCCAGCGAAUGUGUUUCAUAUCGGGAAUUUGCUUCUGAUAACUUGGAUCUCAAGUAGGCUGAACCAGUGGUCACUCGUCGCCAUGUUUCAAGCUAUCUGGACACUACCCUGUUUACUUGCCCUACGGUUCUGGCCUGAUGUGAUCACGAACGCUUGGGGAACGUAUACAGUAGUGACAGUGCUAUUGAGCUACCCUUAUUGCCAUGCGAUCGUCGUUGCGUGGGCUUCUAGAAACGCAAAUAACGUUGGAAAUCGCUCAGUAUCAGCUGCAUUAUACAACAUGUCCGUGCAAGCGGGAGAUAUCGCGGCCUAUUUCAUAUACAGAGAGGACGACAAGCCGAAAUAUCGGAGAGGAAAUACUGAUUUGGUGGCGGUCAACAUCCUUGCCAUAGUGCUGUUUCUGAUGGCAAAAGCAUACUAUGUGUUCCAGAAUCAGAAGAGAGACAAGAUCUGGAAUGCUAUGACAGAACAACAACGGUCGGACUAUAUCAGAGACACUAAGCUGCAAGGAAGCAAAAGAUUGGAUUUCAGGUUUGCGCACUGA